AUGGACUUUAAAGGUGAUGUCCAUACAAAUGGCACUCCCAAGUCUGGCCAGGAUAAUCUGUUAAAGAAAAAUAACGUGGCUUCCCCAGAGGCAAGAAGUUUUGACAUUAAAGUUGGUGAUCCCAUGGAUAAAAUUGAUGGGAAAAAAGAAGACCCUAGCUUCAUUUCUGAAUUGCCUGUAGGGCAAAUUGGGAGUCAGUGCCAGGCUUCUCUGGGUGAAAAUGGCUUUGGCCAGACCUCGAACACUGACAUGUAUGGUUUCACCCAACAAGGAAUGAAUCCAAGUGCUAAUAUGAAUGUAGGACUGGCCCCCUUUCAGUCCACUAAACCUCCCACCAUGGCUGAAUCUCAGAAGACAUCUAUCCUACAUGCUAAUGAACCACCAAAUCCUUUCCUGGCCCCCAGUAAACCAUCUGACACAAGCACUCACAAUAUCUUGGACAAACCUGCAGUAUGCUCUUGGACAGGUCAGGCCAUGCUCACCCAUUCCCCCAACAAGGCAGAGCAGAGUCCCUCAGAACUUUUGGGUUACCAAGGGGCUCUGCAUAAAGAUGUCACAUCAGAUGAAGGGUCAGAUGAGGCUGUACAGCAGAAGAGGAAGAAAUGUGAAGCUAGUGAAGAGGCAUAUGGUCUCUUGGAAAGUCUCAGAUCUCCUGAGAAAACCCAACCUAAAAGCUCUAACCAAGAAGACUGUUCAUCCCCUGGUAAUGGCGAGAGCUGGAAGAGCGAAAUUCGAGAGUGGGGUGGUGGACGGAUCCAGGCGAAGAAAAGUAAGAGCAGAAUGAAGCUCCCUGAAGAGUGGGCCAGUUUACCAAAUACAGGUAGCCUCUCUCUUCCUACUGACCCAAAUACUGCAAUGGACAUAGAUAUGGAUAUGUUUGUUCCUAACAUGUAUGAAGCCAAAGACCCUCCUACUACUUUUGUUGAACAAGAGGGUUCAUUGCCUUCUUUUACAACUACACUUCAGUCAGCUAUCCCAGCAACAAUAAUUCAGGAGAAUACCAUCUUACUGUCUAACAGCCCUGAUCUAUCCCAGAGCAAUCAAGCCUUGACCCCGAAUCUCAUCUCUGGCCUUGAAACUACUGUACAUGCCAUCUCUAGCCCACAUGCAGACACCAAAACCUUCCAGAACAAUUCAUCUGUAAGUGGUCUUUCUGCAUCAGACCCUUCCAGCAUUGUAGUAAGCCAAAAUCAUACAGGUCCUGCUUCCCUCUCUUCUCAAACAAAGCAUCAGGAACCACCACUGGCAAAGUCCCACCAAGUUCUUCGUCUUUUUAAAGUGAAAGAAGACGCUAUUGGAAAAGAGAAGAUAGAGAAAAUUGACACUUCACUAAAGACAGAUCCUUUGAACACACUUGUAAAAGCAGACAAACCUGAAAACACAGAGAAGACUGAUAACAAGAACGCGGACAAUCUGGGCAAGAUCCAGGAGACGGAGAAACAGGACUCUACAACUGAGAAGAAUGGAAAGCUUGAGAAAGUGAGUAAUGUUGAAGAGGCAAAAAAGGUUGUGAAGGAGGAGAAGAAGAAUGGUAGCGAAAAGGUGGACAAAACGGUCAAGAACGAGAAAAAUGUGAAGGCUGCCAAAGAGACCAGCAAACCCACUGCAGCUAAUGGAGCUAAAGACUUGAUCAGUCCUGAUAAAGUUAAGUCAAACAAACAAAACUCAGCAAAGCCAAGCUCACAUUCCACUGGAGAAAAUUCUGGUGCCCACACCUCCAGUUCAGCAAAUAAAAAAGGCCCUGCGGCAAAGAAAACAUCUCCUACUGGCACCAAGAAGCCUCCUGGUAUCACCUCUACCCAUGAGGCAAAGACCUCAGAGAACAGGACUCCAGUCCAGCAGAAGCCUCCAGUUCCAAAGUUUAAUGGGGCAUCAGCUCCAAAAGGCUCAUCUGGUACCAAGACCAGUAGCUCCUCAGUUAAACCCGCAGUGAAGAAGACCCCUGCAAAUGCAGCCAGUGCACCAGCCACUGAUGGGACUCCAGCCCCUCGGCCCUCCCGCAUCACCAAACCCCCUGUGCCCAAGCAGGUGCCACUGCCAAAGAAGCCCCCAGUGCCACGAGCACCACGCAAUACUCAAGUCCCUAACACACCCCGGCCUGACCUAAAGAACGUGUCCUCAAAGAUUGGCUCCACAGGCAACAUGAAGUACCAGCCUGGUGGAGGCAAGGUUCAGAUAGUCCACAAAAAACUGGACUUCAGCCACAUCACAUCCCGCUGUGGCUCCAAGGACAACAUCAAGCAUGUCCCGGGAGGAGGAAAAGUUCAGAUUCUGAAUAAAAAAGUUGAUUUGAGUAAAGUGACCUCAAAAUGCGGCUCCAAGGACAACAUUAACCAUAAGCCAGGUGGUGGUAAUGUGAAGAUUGAAUCUCAGAAGAGCAAGCCCAAGUCCAAAACAGGAUCAAUGGACAAUGUGGGCCAAGAGCCAGGAGGUGACCAUGCUGAGAGGGUAGGGGAUCAACAGAAAUCUGAAGGAAGCCCACCUGCUCCUGCAAGCCCACCCAUUAAGACCAAUGGAGGGAUGAAAGAGAAUGGGCUUAAAGAGAGCACUACUGUACCCCCACCUGCACCCUCUGAAGGACAGGGACUAUGGAAUACUCAAAGUCAAGACAAACACAUCCCUGCCGCAAGCUGUGUUGGUUGA